AUGAAUAACCAAGGUGAAAAAAGCGACAGACGUUCCUUCAGGGAAACGUACAGGAGCACGUCGCAGGAUACCUCUAAGGAAUCAUACACAACUGUCCCCCCGAGCACUUCCAAGGACGCCUAUAAGGGUGGCUCUCCAGGUACCUCAAGGGACGCUUACAAAAGUGGCUCUCCAAAAAGCUCUAAAGACCCUUAUAACAUUUCCUCGCCCAGCACUUCCAAAGAUCUAUUUAGCAGUUCGUCUCCGGGAACAUCCAAGGACUCUUACAGCAGCAGCUCCCAAAGCAGCCCCAGGGACCCCUUCAAGAAGGUUCCGCAGGAUAAUUCCAGCAUGAGUAUGAAGGUGAAUGUCAUGUACCGAGGCAUCGUGUACCGGGUGCGGGGCAUCAAGGUCCUCUGCUCCGUCGUCACCGCUGUCAUCCUCCUCCUCGUUGCCAUCGUCGGCCUCGGGGUGUGGAUGCUCGUCAGUGCCUACGGCGAGGAAAAGGCCGCACUCGGUGGCUCGAAUUCUACGUCUUUCCAGUUAUCGCAAGAUCUUAAGGAGAGAGGCGAGGGGAAUUAUCCUACCCCUUCUACUAUAGAUUUCAACGCUCCAAGCGCAACGCUAGAAGAGUUGUCGAUAGCUGCAGUUGUCCCCAGCAGUCAUCCGGACGAAAGCCAUCAGGUCGGCGAAGCCAUCGGCCACUUCCAGGGCGUGACUCCCGGGAAGGAGCUGAAAGCCUCGUCUCGGUCGCCAGGUCCGGAUCCAGCUUUCGGUCUCUUCGGCGGAAUAUUCGACCUGAAACCCCAGAGUGAAGAGGCAACUGAUCUUGCCCCGACGCCUUCAGGCAUCCCAUCCGAGGACCAGUUUCUGCCAGAGGACAGUGAGAUCGAAUAUUCAGAAACGAGUCCUGUGGCCAUUCUCCCUCCUACUGGUCAGUUCGAUUAUGAUGGAAGUCAGUUCGGUUAUGUGCGCGAUAGCAACUUGAAAGUAGAGAGCUUUGAAAUCGAAAGCUCUCCAGUCUACCAGGAUGAAUAUCCUCCUUCCGUCCUCCCUGAGAACAUCCCUCGAGAUAUAGAUCCUGCCCUUUUCGACCUCGGCCUCCCCUACCACCUCCCCCCGUCCAUCCUCCCCGGACCCGCCCCUCCCCGACGACGGAACAACCCACGCUUCCGCGGUGGGAAUCGAAGGAUCCCUCAGGGAAACCGGCGGAAUCAUCCACCAGUCAGACCAGGCAACAUCCGGCCUCCGUACGAACGCCCUGAAGUGGACGAGAGGCCAGCCUUUGGCCAACGAUUGCCGUAUGCUGAGCAACCGUAUGACAGAUACGAAAAUCCAGCAUACGAUACCUGGCAGCCAAGUUUCCCUCCGUAUGAGUACGAUCAGGGGGAGCCCUACGAGCAGCACAACCCUCAGCAGCAGCGUCCUCAAAAUUCGGAGUUCCUCCCUUCAGAGGAAAGAUCCACAGUUCGUGAAGCUCAAACCGAGAGCUAUGAGGCAAGUGAUAAAGGAGCCUCGACUCCGAGUGGAAUUAACUACUCUAUGUUGCAGCAAUUCGGUGCCGACAGAGGCGUGACCAUUCCUGAAGGGUUUACGAUACCCCCUGGAUUUAAGAUGCCUGAGACCGUUGGAGAUUUUCAGGAUAAAGAAAAGGGUGGCAAUCGGCGUAUAGCUCUCGCUCCUGGGGGAUACUUUGAGGAUAUGAUGCACUACUAUAAUAAGCACGAGAAAACAACGACUACAACUCCUCCCAGUCAGCAGACUUCAACAGACGACUUCAGCCAAAGGAAGGGGGUUUCUGAAAGCGAGGACCAUCCUGACUACGCCGGUCCUCCUGUGGUUGGUUAUGGAGAUCAUCCGUACAGACGCACCACUUCUCCAAGUGACAGCAGCGAGGGAGUCUUCGAGUAUUUCUGGGAUGUUUAUGAUUCGAAGGAUCGCCCACCCGCCCGGCACGACGAUCGAGGGCCUGCGCCUGAGGACGAUAUGGAAUACAGGCAGCCAAUGCAUCCGUCGAGAAGACCUCGACCUCGACCUCUACCUAAUGUGAGGGGCGGUAUGCAUAAUGGCCAAGGCUACCCACUUCCUAUGCGGCCGGACGCUCAGGUGCCGCCCGUAUUGAAUCCUGAUAGGAGACUCUGGGUGGGUCCUGACAGACGACCUCGGCCACAAAUGGCGGUCCGGCCACCACCUACGUCUACCAUUCAUCCCUUAUCAACACCGCAAGAUCAGUCAUUUUUAGGGCCUCUCCAGGAUGUCUACGAAUAUUCUCAGAGAUUAGCAUCCUCGCUACUGAACUUCCCUGCUACUUUAUAUACUCAGAUUAAUGACUCCAAAGCUGAAUACAUGCGAAAUGAGGUUGAACUUCUAGAGGACUAUAAUAAAGUAUUUAGGAAUUCGGACAUCACCAGCACCGACGUCCUGCCUGACAUGUACAACGACAAACCGGACAGGAAUGAACGAGUUAUGAUUAUCGACACUGAAAAGAUCCGGUCCCUGAAUCCUUUCGAGCUGUCUCUCAUUACCUGGACCUUCCUAGACUUCUGGGAGUUCCUCAUCGAGAAAGUCGGGACGCUCUCUCAGGAGGACCUCCAGCUGCUGGAAAUGCGACUGGAGCGCGUAAGACAAGAUAAGGACCGUAGGAUGACCAAGAAUCUCGUGGCGGCAACCAUGCAGCAGGUUUCAGAGAUGAACAGUCAAGACGUCGAGCAAAUGAGGAGCUUGACCGAACGCUUGCUCAAUUCAUCGUCAAGCGCAGAGGGCGGGGAAGAUGACAAAAGCUCAUCGGUUGCGGUUGCAGAAGCGAGAAUGUGGGAUCCUCUAGGUUUAUUCAAUUCCGAACAGCGAGUCAAGUUUAUGGAGUUUGCGAUGAAAGUUGUGUUCAGAUUCGGCCGCGUGUACCUGAAGAAGAGGUACGCGCUAGACUGCAUGAUGCUUCUAUUUUGUAAGGACCUCAAUGCUGACACCAAGAAGGAGGGGAUGGAUGGCGUAGCGGCGAAAGUAAAGAGCGUUGGCUUGAUGGUGCUGACUGAGAAAGAUACCCGUAGCAUCGAUACUGUCAGCGAGGUCUGGCGAGCUGUCACCGCCUGGGAGAACCUCCAAUGUGACGUCAUGUUCCCCAAGUGUGACGGCCCCAAAGCCCUGGAGAUCGUGAACGAGGUGGCCGUCGGCUCCGGUAAAUAAGAGGCCCGACGCACCUCUCCCAGCUCCUCCCCACCUCCUCCUCCAUACCUCCGUCCUCUUCCUGGUAGCGAGGAGUCCUUACCAGGGGGUGGGCCAAGAAGUAAUAGAUAAUCCUCCGACAGAAAUAGUCUCAGGGGAGGGCCAUUUUACCGUGUUUGUUAAGGUGUGUGCGUGUGUGUGUGUCCGCUGCGCGUGUCCGGCUCCCCAUGUCUCUUGAGAACACCCACCUACGGGAACCACCUGCGGGAAGCAGAUCUCGCCGACGAAACCCGGUGCAUCGAAGAAUCUGCGAGACUGUCAUGGACUUUCGUGGGAAAGCAAUUUUGGCUGAUUUCUUUUUUUAAGGCCAGCGAUUAUUGGUACUUACAUACACUGCUUAUCUCCUCGCCUGGCCCAGGUGUUGGUUUAGGAUAGACUAAGCUUCUAUACGGAGUUAUUUUUUUUUUCUUUUGGUUAAAUAUGCAUGAGAAAAAAAAGUGUGUACCUGAUGCAGUGAUCGAGAAUGUAAUAAUCAUAUGUAAAAUUCUUCACUGAAUGUGAGGAGAAUAGUAAUCUCACAGUCACUUGUAAAAUAAAACAAACAAAAAAAGAUUACAGAGAAAAAAGAAAUCUAAAAAUAGUGACCGGGGAGGGUAAAAUGCACAUGUAAAUAGUAUUCCAGGUGUUCGCAUGACGAAAAAAGCUUUGGCCGUCUUCCAUGCACUAACCGUUCCUGUGGCGGCGACUUGUCAAGGGACCCUGACCCCACAGCAAGGCGGCCAGUGUACAAAUGGGCGUGUGUGAGAUUCUCCCAGUGCUCCUUGUUAUACAUUUAUUAUUUAUUCUUGUUACCCCCGUGUGGAUUUAACUUAUUGUUAUUAGUUAUUUAUUCCUGUUGAUAUUUAUUAGUAGUUGUCUCCGAGGCCUGUUCUUCCUCGUUAUUGUGGAACAAUAAAUGAUUUUAUUUA